AUGUCUGCACGGGGAAGAGGACGCAAGGGAGGUGGUGGUUACGGUCGCGACCAGCAGCCGACGCCAUCAUUCGAACGUGGUGGGGGCGUUUCGGAGUUUACAACGCUUUGCAUCGAACGAUCUCCAGUGGCUGAGGAGGAACAGACAGAGCAACAGCAGCCACCACCGAUUUCUUCGAAGGGCACGAGGUCUCCGGGGAGACCUGGUUUCCGCACAGUGGGAAGGAAGGUGAUCGUGAAAGCGAAUCACUUUCUAGUUCAAGUGGCUGACAGAGAUCUGACACAUUACGAUGCGAGGAUAUGUCUUUCGCUCUCAUUUAUUUCUUCUGUGUAG